AUGUCAUCUCUAUUUCAUCUACAUCAUGUACUUUUUUUGCAUUUUUCGCAACUUCAAGUCUUCGUUCUGUUGCUGUCCUCUCCGCUAGCCACCGCGUUCAUCAACGCCAUGCUUGAAAUGGAGCAUGAGAUAUGGAGAAAUGCCCUUUGGGUGGGCAUCAACACGCUGGAAAAACUGCUCUUCAUCACCAUGGCGUCAGAAGUACUGCCCAUGCCGCCGAGACAAGGGACGGUGCCACCACCGCCUUCGACCUCGAGCGAAUCAUCUCCACUGUCUCGUGUCUCAGAGCCUCGCUUCAACUUGACUCGAUCAACCCAGUUACCGUCAGUGCUUCAUUAUCCUAUUGCGAUGGACCAAGACAGAGGGUUUUCCCUGCAACCGGUCGCUUCGACACCAGAUGUAGAGGAGCCAUAUGCUUUAAUCGAGGGGCGUCUGGGCAACUUCGUGCUAGUCAUACCCGAGACCAGAUCAGCACAAGACAUUUGGCAACAUAAUGUCAAGUAUGCCCACCCAUUGACCAUAUCGUCAUUUUGA